GCGCGGGGCGCCGGGAGGCGGCGCCUGCCGCUAACAAAAGUGCGCGGCGCGGGGCGGCCGCGGCCCUGCCUCCCGGGGCGCGGGCAACAAGUGGCUGCCGGCGGCUUCCCGGGGAGGCGGCAGCGGCGGAGGGAGGCGGCGCGGCGCGGCGCGGUGCGGCGGGGCCGGCGACCGAGGCCCGCCCGCUGGUGGAUUACAGCUGGAGCCGCCGCCGCCCGCGCGGCCGCAGAGCCGCCUCACCCCGCCAGGGCGCCGUGUUUGCCCCCUCUUAUUUUUGGAGCGGGGUGGGGGGAACGCCCCCCGAGGGGGCUGCCGCGAGCAUGGACGGGUGAAGCCGCGGCGGGUCCCGCCCGCGCCGCCGCGCUAUAAGGAUGGUGCGCGGCGGGCGGCGGUGGGCAUGAGGCGCGGAGGAUGGGCGCCAACAACGGCAAGCAGUGCGGCAGCGACGGCAAAGGCAGCUCAAGUAUCUCAUCCGACGUGAGUUCAAGUACAGAUCACACACCCACCAAAGCCCAGAAGAAUGCAGCUACCAGUGAAGAUUCUGACUUGAGUGUGCGGACGCUCAGUACGCCAAGCCCGGCAUUGAUAUUCCCGCAGAAUUCCCACAGUUUCCAGAAUGGCAGAGGGUCGUCUACUUCCUCGUCCUCCGUCACAGGGGAGACCGUUGCCAUGGUCCACUCGCCGCCACCAACCCGCCUCACGCAUCCUCUCAUCCGGCUGGCAUCCAAACACCAGAAGGAACAGGCCAACAUAGACCGGCUGCCAGAUCACUCCAUGAUCCAGAUAUUCUCUUUUCUGCCUACCAACCAGCUGUGCCGCUGCGCCCGGGUGUGCCGCCGCUGGUAUAACCUCGCCUGGGACCCACGGCUUUGGAGGACUAUUCGCCUGACAGGCGAGACAAUCAACGUAGACAGGGCUCUUAAAGUGCUGACGCGGAGGCUUUGUCAGGAUACACCGAACGUAUGUCUCAUGUUGGAGACAGUAAUAGUUAGUGGCUGCAGGCGGCUCACAGACAGAGGACUCUACACCAUUGCCCAGUGCUGCCCAGAGCUGAGGAGGCUGGAGGUAUCUGGCUGUUACAACAUCUCCAACGAGGCAGUCUUCGAUGUGGUGUCGCUGUGUCCCAACCUGGAACACCUGGAUGUGUCAGGCUGCUCCAAAGUGACAUGCAUCAGUUUGACUCGUGAAGCCUCCAUCAAGCUGUCUCCCUUACAUGGGAAACAAAUCUCCAUCCGCUACUUGGACAUGACAGACUGCUUCGUCCUGGAGGACGAAGGACUGCACACCAUUGCCGCUCACUGCACUCAACUGACCCACCUGUACCUGCGUCGCUGCGUCCGCAUCACCGACGAGGGUCUCCGCUACCUGAUGAUUUACUGCACGUCCAUUAAGGAACUGAGCGUGAGCGACUGUCGCUUUGUCAGUGACUUUGGCAUGCGGGAGAUUGCCAAGCUGGAGUCACGCCUUCGAUACCUUAGCAUCGCUCACUGCAGUCGGAUCACAGACGUGGGCAUACGUUACAUUGCCAAAUACUGCAGCAAGCUGCGCUACCUCAAUGCGCGGGGCUGCGAGGGUAUCACGGACCACGGUGUGGAGUACCUCGCCAAAAAUUGCACAAAACUCAAAUCGCUAGAUAUUGGCAAGUGCCCUCUGGUCUCCGACACCGGCCUGGAGUUUCUAGCCCUCAACUGCUUCAACCUGAAGCGCCUGAGCUUGAAAUCAUGCGAGAGCAUCACGGGGCAGGGCCUGCAGAUUGUAGCUGCCAACUGUUUUGACCUGCAGAUGUUGAACGUGCAGGACUGCGAUGUCUCUGUGGAUGCUCUACGGUUUGUUAAACGGCAUUGCAAGCGCUGUAUUAUAGAGCACACCAACCCUGCCUUCUUCUGAAAGGACACCCCACAGCUGUUGUUACAACACAGUAUUAAAAACACUGAUGUAUAAACACACAAUCCCAUACUCAGUAAUGCUGUCUUUUCUAUGGCUCACAGGAGUCAGCUUUUCUUGUUUGUUGGUGGUGAGGGGGGGGUUUCUAGAGGACUAUUUUGUUUGCUUUUUGUAUGAUCACUUUUUAAGGUGCGGCGGGUCUCUGUGAAGAGGCUGCCUUAAAGCAAAAGCGGUGAGUGCUCAGCAUCCCCACUGUGCCGCCUUUUCCAUAACAGCCCUGAUCUUGUCCCAGGCUAAUGUAGCUGACUUCAAAGGUAAUAGCACAUAAUCCCUCCUUUGGAAGUGCUACUAAGCUGUGUGAAAUAUAUCUGAAUUCCAGCUAUGCUCAUGAGUCUGACUAUGCAAUAUAUGUCAUGUUCCCCAACUUCUAAUAUGGUUGAUAAAGCAUCCCCUUAUCUCCAUGUAGUUUCUCCUUGGUGGUCAUUCCUCGUAAUUCCUCAGGAGACACUGGGUGAUGUCUUCAAAUGUGCUUGACUGGGGCAGAAGAUGAGCUGCUGGCUAUUGCUGAGCACUGUGCUGAGUGAAUUUGGAAAUCAUGCCCAUGCAUGGUUUCUCUUGGAAAGCCUCCUUCCAGAUCACUCAUGCGUCAUCACCACUUGCCUUCAGUUCUGCAUCAGCCCUCUCCUGCAUGUGUAGUACCACCCUCUGGUAGCCAAAAGGGACUUCUGGGUCUUGUAAGCAGUGACAUUUUCACUUGAGUGAAAGAAAACAGAUAAGAUAUUGGUGGCCUGGCAAAGGAAAAAGUCAGCAGAUCAGCCUGAGAAGCCUUUGUGUUUCUGCAACAAGCCGAGAUAGCUCUGUGGUACACCACGGACUCUGAAGUGUUGUGGAAUGGUUUGCGUGGGGCAGUCCCCGUUGCUGUGCUACACUACUGCCACCAGAAGGUCUGUCUGCCUGCCUUCACAGUGUCUCCUCAGCAGCCAUGGCACUAAUGCAGCUGAUGCUCCCUGAGCAAACCAGGCGCAUGCGUUGAGGUGUGUUCAAUAUGUGCCUUAAUACACGUAGAAACCUGACCAUUUUCUGUGGCCUUCCAGUCUAAGGGAUGGAUGGCUGAUCUCAUGACUUCAAAGACAUUAGCCUGCUAUAAGAUCACACUCAUGGGGAAAGAGGGGCUUAGGACAUUGUUCACAUUAGAUUUAGAUUUUUGUGAAACCUUGUCAGUGUGUGUUCCCUUAAGCUGGAGAAAUGGCUGCUGUUCAACAAGGAAUUAAACCAUCAACCUUGCCCUGCAACACUAGAAGCCCUUACUUACUUCACACUUUUCUGACAGCUAUUUUCUCUGCCUUUCCACAUGUAAUGCUCUGAUCUGAAAGCCAGACAUGUUAGGAGUGAUGAUGUUUUCAGGCAGGCCCCCUGCGCGUGACUAACAGGUGAAUUCGUACAUUCAGCUCAAAUGCUAUAAAUGUCUUGGUAAAGGAUGUAAGAAGGGAAGCACUGCAUCUGGUUUUCAUAAGCCGUGGUUCCAUCAUCUCCAGGCAACACUAAUAAAAUCAUUGGUAUGAAGUAAAAAUCCAUAUGCUCAAGAAAAAUAUGUAAUUGCUGAGGAAAUAUUUGUAGCAACACACUCGAAUUAUAAAAAGCACUGCUUUUGCACAUCCCUGCAGCAAGAACUUGUCCUACUUGUGCAAAAUGCCCUGUAACUUGUGUGUAUUCCUCCAGUUGUGAAUUUCUUAACUUAGGGGAUAUUGUCAGCUCUGAAUUAUAAGUAAUAUUGUACAAAAGCAAAGAGGGACAAGGAAAAUAGGUUUUUCAUUGCUAUUACUGGUCAGUGUGUAACAGGAGGGUGAUACCAUUCUUCGACCAGUUAACAUCACUGUAGUUUCCCUUUUUGUAUUUUUUUAAAUUAGAGAUUUUCUUGAGCAAGCAGUACAGUAUAUUUUAUCCAAGUCAGCUAUGCUCUGUUUAUCCUUUAUCUCAAAAUGGCCCCAAGAAUAGUUAAAUGUUAAGCCCAUUCCUGAGGGUGGUGGGAUUUUGAGCCAUUUGCACUCAUGAAAUAUAAGUCUUACUAGUAACAUUUAACUGUUUAUUAAAAAAAAAAAAAGCUACUUCUCUGGCUAUGCUAAAUUGAGUGAAUAGUGCUACAUGUUUUUUAAGGUUUCUAAUGUUUAAAUUGGCCUGUACUGUACAAAUCUCACUAUAAAGCCUUAAUUUACUACCAAGAAAUAAAGCAAUAUAUUGGUAACUGA